AUGUCAAGAGAAGAGGCAAGUCGAGUCGAGGAGCGUAAUGUGGACGGAUCGUCUUCCUGCUCGCCGCCUGAUGUCAGACCCAGAUGGUUCUACUCUUCCGAAAAGUCUUGGAUCGACUUUGAUGAGAGAGAUCAGCAAGCCUUGGAGGCACGCUUCCAACAGCUGGGUGGAGCAGAGUGGCACAGCGAGAUCAAGGCACAGCAUACAGACGGCGAUGAGAGCGAGUCGGAGCACACGGGCACUAGCGAUGAUGAUGACGACGAGGCCCAAGGCCCGAGCUUAGAUGCACGCAAGGGAGAGCAAGAUUCGACAAAGCCUGACAAUGACGAACAAAACGGACUGGGCUCGAUGCUCACAGGCCUGAUCUCUGGCAACGCCUCUGAUCAAAAGAGUUCAGAUGCAUCUCGUAAGCUGGCCGACCAAGCCAAGAGCAUCCCUCCAAUUCGCACAGUCUCUCAUAACUUCAAAAAAGCCAAGAAAGGAUCCACAUCUAAGGAGCCGGAAGUGGUGAGAGCUGUGUUGGAUCCUGAUGAGCCAGAAGAGGAGAGCAGGGCCAGAGUGGCGGUGCUGGAGGACAGGCUGUUCGACGUGAACCUGGAAAGUAUGGACGUGAGUAAGCGGCGCGCGGCAAGAGGAUUGAGACUUGGUGCAGGUCGGGGGCGCUGACAGGAGCAUCGCUCAUGACUGCAUCGCAGCUCUAUCCAGGUGAGGCAGCGAUCGAUCGAUCAGGUGGACAACAUCCGUAGAGCGAUUUAUGAAAGCGUGCUGACGGCUCCCACCGCCUUGCUUGUUCGUUCCUGUCGCAGUCUUCUGGAAGGGAGUAAAGCUGCGCGUGGUGCGGGCAACCUGGUUCUACUCUGCAGCUUCAGACGGAGGGUACGCGCCAAUAGCCUACGACGAAGCCCUGGCUCGGGAUUUGGACAACGCCUACACAGCCGUCAAGCCAUGGCAAAAAUUAGCGGGCCAAGAGAUCGAUGUUGAUAAUGGUUCGACUCAAGACCGCUCGAAGCAAAGGCAGGGCGAUGAAGUCGACGACGAUGAGCUUUACGAACUUCCCUCACUAAAAGCUCAAGGGAGAGUGCACUUUGAAAGUCCUGUAGGAGGUCGUAUCUUCACGUGAGUAUCUCCAAGUGACGCGACAUAUCGUCACGAGCUCAUGCCCAUCAUCAUUUGGCCUCAGCGAGGACCUUUCGGGAAGAUUACUGUCGAUGGUCGGCGGAUCCCGCGUAAUCAGAGGUUUCGAUGAAGCAGAGAGGUUAGCGAAGGCAGGUGGGGCGUUGAACCAGCUUCCCGCCUUCACCUUGCCUUUUGCCAAAGGCUCUGAUCCUGAUGAUGAAGAGCAGGAUGCAGCGGGAGAUGAAGACGAGCGCGUAGAUGGCGGGGCGGAAAGGCGAGGCGCUCGGCACGCUAGCAAGCGUGCGGGAGCUGCUUCUAGGCCUGGCAAGCCCUCCGCUCAGGAGCCUGAAUCUGCAAACUCAGGCAACGAAGAGUCGGGAGGUUUCAUGUCGAAAUUAGUACCUUCGAGUGGAUGGCUGAGACCCGACGUUGCGCUCUUGAGGACCCUAGGGUACGGAGAGGAAGAUGCGGAAAGGGAAGCCAAGAGAGACCAGAGACAGAAAAACACGGAAGAUUCUGCAAAGACGGGAACGAAGAGGAAAGAGGAGGAAGACAAUGGGGAUUCUGAGGAGGAGGAGGCAGAGGAGGAUAGGAAAGACGAACCCCCAUCGUUGGUCCUGUGCAUACAUGGGUAAGCAAUGCCCCACAACACGAAGGAUGUAAAAAAACCCUGGACGCGGACUUCGCUGACGUCCACCUGCUCGCUCACAGUAUUGGCCAGGGUCUAGUGGAGGAUUUCGAUGCCCUCGACUUUGUCUAUGAUGUUGGUGAGCAUGAUUGCCCCUGUCAGAAUCCAGAACCUGGAUUAAUGCUAAUUUACGACGCUCAUACUUUGCAACUCAAGAACGUCUACGCAAACAGGCAAAGUCGAGCGCGAGCGACCCUGCUCUCAAGAGAUUGUCGAGAGGCAGAAGAGCGCAAUUCAUACCCAUUUCUUGGAGACAAGGCUUGACGUUCCAAUCGAGCAAUGAGCAGAAUGAUAAUGAAUAUGGGUGAGUAGAUGCAGCGCGGAAGCUCAAGCAGGUGAACUUCCUUGCUCACAAAGCUACUUUUCUUGGACCAGGCUGUCUGAUAUCAGCAACAGUGCCGCAAUACCGUUGGUGCGGAACGUCAUCAGUAAAGUGGGUAGCCAGCUCUCCACAGAGACUUGCGCGUGCUGAAUUUGCCUGACCACUUUGUUGCGGACACAGGUCAUUCUGGAUGUGCCCUACUAUCUCAGUCACCACAGAGAAAAGAUGGUACGUCUUCAAGGUCGCGUGACUGGGGAAAUGUGCAGCUGCUGAUUGCGUGCUCGUCGUCAGAUUGCUGCUGUGAAGAGCGAGUUGAAUAGAACGUACCGACUGUGGUGCAAGAGGAACCCCGACUUUCUUGAGAAGGGUGGGCGAGUCUCGAUGAUAUGUCAUUCCUUGGGUAGCGCCCUAGCAAUGGACAUGUGAGUUGUCAACAGGCCUGAACGGAUCCUUGGCACUUCUAACUCAUCCACCGGUCAACUCGAAUAAAACAGUCUUUCGCAACAGCCCACAACAGUCGCACCGUUACAUCAGAGAAGUGAGGAAGAGCUGCGUUCUAAUGAACACUUAGUCUUCGACGUCGCGGUGAGUCCAGUCGCUCCGCGGCGUAGGCAUGCCCUCUUUCAGAGGCGUCCGUUCUGACGCACAGUCCUUGCAGAACCUGUUCCUCAUCGGUAGCCCGUGCGGAUUCUUCUUGCAUCUGGGAGCUGGCCAGCUCAUUGCUAGGCGAGGCACCAAGCGCACGAGAGAUGUCGCUGGAGAUGCUGCACUCGAAGAAGCGGGACGUUACGGUUGUUUGGCUGCUGAGGCAGUGUAGUGCGUAAUAUUCGCUAGUCAUUUUCGCGAGAAUCAGAGGCAGAUGUGGCUGACAAGGGUGACUCCUGCUUUUCGAAUAGCAAUUGCUACAACACGACGGAUCCGUGAGUAAAUUCGGAACAGCUAUGUGCUGAGCGAGAUUACGCUGAAAUCUUUCUUCUCGUGCAGUGUCGCCUACCAGCUCAACGCCACUGUCGAUCGUGAUUACGCGUCUUUGAUGCGGCCCGUUUCGAUUCCGGACGCAACGGAUGCUUUGCUAGAUUCUUUAUCCCUGCCUCGUCUAUCAGUGUCUAAGCUCUUCGAUCCAGAUCGGCCUUUCUCUAGUGGGGAAGAUGCCUAUGCCAAAGCGAAUGUGCAGCCGACCACGUCAGCCUGGGAGGAGGACCAGAAGAGAAAGGGCAAAGGCGGUGCGAGCAAGAAGGGCAAAAGCGAAGAAUCCAAGCUGGCCAACGGCGCGGUUAUCGUGGAGCAGGGCGAGACGCUGAAGAAGAUGCAGCCUCAGAUGCAGGCUCGUCAAGCGGGUCGCAGCGCUUAUCCUGUUGAUGUCAAGAGACUAGAGAAAGCUGAGCGGCGAGUGAGUCUGCUUGCGCCAGCGUCCUGCUCUAAGAGCAGACGCGCUCACGCCACGACCUUUGCACCAAUUAGUUCCGUGCACUCAACCCCCAUGGCGCGAUAGACUUCUUUUUCGAAACAAAAGGAUUCAACGAGGUGAGUGGCGUCGCGAUAGGGUGUGGUGGAGCGGGCUCGUGCUGACCAUCCGUACCGCGCUCUUCACAGUAUUUGGGUGCGUUACGAUGCUACUUGCCAAUGUCCAGGCUGUUCACUGAAUCACGCUUUGCUUUCCUCCCUUUGCCCCGACUGUAGACAUGCUCUCGGCUCAUGUCAGGUGCGUGCAUCUCUUUCUCUCUUGAAGCAUGGUCACGCAGCUGAUCUAAUCGUCGUGUGUCGGACCAGCUAUUGGACCUCUCCAUCCUUCUCACGCUUCGUGCUGUCGCAGCUUUGGACGGACUAUGCUGGACCAGAGAGCAAGCGACAAGACGCUUCGGAGCAAGAGCCGCCGCCUACGAUUGUUCCUCAGCUCGAUGUAGAUGUGCCAAAGGAGAGGGAAGAGGAACAAUCCAGACAGGAGAAGCAACAAACUUAG